UGGAAAAAAGUGAAUAAAAUAAUAGACGAUUUUGAGCUCUUUCCGUAUGAAUAUGCCUCUCUUUACGUCUCUAUUCCAAAUGACAUACCAUACCCUUACUUAUAACAUUUUAUUACCACAAAUUAUUCUUAAAAUACACCAAAACGAAGAAAUGGACACCAAAAUUCUAAUCUCCUUUUUUCUUUUCUUUUAAAUGUUUAAAUCUUAGUUGGAGAGUGGGGGCCUAAUUCCGCCGGUCAAACUUCCCUCCUUCCGCCGGCAAUUCUCGGCGUUCGUCGUCUUUCUCUGCUUCUCAGUCUUGAUUUCAAGAAUCAAAUUUUAGGUUCCGACGGCAAUUUUCUCUUUCUUGUUUUUCAUCUGCCUUCGCCGGAAAUAAAUAAGUUAACGAAGAGAAAUGGCGUCUUGGAAUUCGAUUCCGCUCGAGAUCAUCUACCAAGUUCUCGGAUGGUUCGCCUUUGUUUCCUGGUCCAUCAGUUUCUAUCCUCAAGUCAUCUUAAAUUUCCGUAGGAAAAGUGUCGUGGGACUGAACUUCGAUUUUGUGCUGUUGAAUUUGACGAAGCACUCGACGUAUUUGAUAUAUAACGCCUCGCUUUACUUCAGCUCGGCUGUUCAGAAACAGUACUUUGAGAAAUAUGGUUACGAUCAGAUGAUACCUGUUGCUGCAAAUGACGUUGCUUUCUCAAUACAUGCUGUUCUGUUGACGGCAAUCACCUUAUUCCAAAUUGUGAUCUAUGAUCGCGGAACUCAGAUCGUUUCCAAAAUAUCUCUGACAAUUGUGAUUGCUGUAUGGAUAUUUGCCGCAAUUUGUUUCUUCAUUGGUCUGUCUAGCCAUUCUUGGCUCUGGCUAAUUUCCAUAUUCAACUCAAUUCAAGUAUUUAUGACGGCUAUUAAAUACAUACCUCAGGCAAUCAUGAACUUUUUGCGGAAGAGCACUGAUGGAUUCAGCAUUGGCAACAUACUGCUCGACUUUCUGGGAGGCUUGGCAAAUUAUGCACAGAUGGUAGUGCAGUCCAUUGAUCAAAAUUCUUGGGUUAACUUUUAUGGCAAUAUUGGGAAGACAUUGCUCUCUUUGAUAAGUAUAUUCUUUGAUCUUCUUUUCAUGCUUCAACAUUAUGUACUAUAUCCCGGCAAGAGGCCAACCGUGUCUCAGAAAGCCGAUGACGAGAGCAGAGAGGCACUUAUCACACCUCCGGAUCGCCCACAAUCAGAGGACGUGUAAGGUUAGGUUUGUCAAAUCAUGGCAUAAAAAGAAACACAUAGCUUUGUCAACUUUGACAGAUGAAACAAAUUUCAUUGAAGCUUUAGAUGUAAAUAUAAAACAUAUUUAGGAGCGGUAUUCUAUUGCUUGAUACGAGGAAAUUGGGUUGUAUCUAUAUCUUCGCUAGCUCUUGAUUGUUUAUUUUGGGAUGGUUUUGAAAAUGAAAAUAUCUGCAGUGAACAACAUAGGGGUAGCUAAGCUACCAUUCACUAGGUUGAGAUUUUUCUCUCGAAUCUCUAAAACCUUUUAAAGUCCUUAUCUUAUUUUAUAAUAUGGGAAUAGACAUUGAUGUUGAUAUUACAUAUUUUAUUAGUUGAACUAUAUCUAUUUUGACUCGUAAA